AGUGUUCCGGGGUUAUCCUCUUAUCACCCCCAAAUCAGGGUCGGGUAAAUCAAAGAAAGCAGCGAAGUUGGCAGCUAAAUAUGGGGCAGGUGGUGCACUUGGACAAGGAGGUCUUGGUGGAGGUGGUGCUGGGGGACUUCCUGGAGGAGGAGCUGGUAACAUACCUGGGUUUGGAGGUGGGGCUGGAACAGGAGCUGGUGGUGUACCUGGACUUGGAGGUGGAGUUGCUGGGGGUGGGACCGGUGGUGGGACCAGACCUGGAGCUGGGGUUGGACCAGGUGGAACCGGAACAGGAUAUGGACCCGGGGGUGGAGCCGGAACUGGUUCUGCUGGCACUGGAACUGGCCUUGGACCAGGAAGUGGAGGGGCAGGCUAUGGACCUGGUCGUGGGGCUGGAGUUGGACCAGGUGGGGCCGGAUCAGUUCCUGGUGGGGCUGGGUAUGGACCAGGUGGGGCCGGAUCAGUUCCUGGUGGGGCUGGGUAUGGACCAGGUGGAGCCGGAUCAGUUCCUGGUGGGGCUGGAUAUGGACCAGGUGGGGCCGGAUCAGUUCCUGGUGGCGCUGGGUAUGGACCAGGUGGAGCCGGAUCAGUUCCUGGUGGGGCCGGGUUUGGACCAGGUGGGGCCGGGUAUGGACCAGGUGGAGCCAGGUUUGGACCAGGUGGAGUGGGAUCUCAAAGUGGAGGAGCAGGGACAGCAGCCGGAGGGUAUGAUGCCAAUGCCAAAGCCCGUAAAUAUGGUAUGUUAAGUGGAGCGCUUGGAGGCGGUCUUGGAGCAGGAACAGGUGGAACCAGAACAGGAUAUGGACCCGGGGGUGGAACAGGAA